ACCGUCUUAUUUUGAUGAUGAAUAUGAAGGCAGGCUAAGCCGGGCUGGAGCGGAGUGUCUCGGAGACUGCACUGCUUCCCGAGCCCAAGGACUUACAGCUUCCUUCACGGUGCCCACAACCCCCCAAAAGUUGUGAUGCUUUUCUUUACUCAGUGCUUUGGGGCUGUGCUGGAUCUCAUUCACCUCCGGUUCCAACACUACAAGGCUAAACGGGUUUUCUCUGCCGCCGGGCAACUUGUCUGUGUAGUCAACCCCACACACAACCUAAAGUAUGUGUCCAGUAGACGGGCCAUCACUCAGAGCACUGCGGAGCAAGGCAGCUUCCACCCUCACCAUCUCCCCCACCACCGCCACCACCACCACCACCACCACCUGCGGCACCAUGCCCGACCGCACCUCCUCCACCACCAGGAGGCAGGGCUGCAUGCCACCCAGGUGACGCCCUGCAUGUGCCCCUUGUUCUCCUGCCAGUGGGAAGGCCACCUGGAGGUGGUGGUGCCCCACUUGCGGCAGAUCCACAGGGUUGACAUCCUCCAAGGAGCAGAGAUCGUCUUCCUGGCCACGGACAUGCACCUGCCUGCACCAGCCGACUGGAUCAUCAUGCACUCCUGCCUCGGCCACCACUUUCUGCUGGUGCUUAGGAAGCAGGAGAGGCAUGAAGGCCAUCCCCAGUUCUUUGCCACCAUGAUGUUGAUCGGGACCCCUACCCAAGCUGACUGCUUCACCUAUCGUCUGGAGCUCAACAGAAACCAUCGUCGUCUCAAAUGGGAGGCCACCCCAAGGUCUGUCCUCGAAAGUGUGGACUCAGUCAUCACUGACGGGGACUGCCUCGUCCUCAACACCUCUCUGGCUCAGCUCUUCUCUGACAAUGGCAGCCUCGCCAUAGGAAUUGCCAUCACUGCGACAGAGGUCCAUUCCACGGAAGCUGAAAUGUGAGGCCAGGAGCCACUGGACAUUCACACACAGCCACCAAGAGACUCCGACAAUGCAUCUUUGGCCUCCAGAUGUCUGGACACCAGACUCCUUUUGAUUUUCUUCUUUUUCUCCAUCAUUUAUUUACAUUUCUUAUUUUUUUUUUUUUAUUUUUUGGUCUCGGGUAUUUUGUUGUGUUUAGUAUUUGUCUGCCAUGGGCAUUAUGUUAUGUAAACAUCCUGAUUCAAGAUCUUGUUGUGAUGUCUGUCCUGCUUUGUUGGUGUAGUUUUGUAGAAUGUUUCGAUGAUUUAAUCAGAAUAGUUAUUUCCCACCCCCACCCCCCAAUUCCUUUCUCCACUGCUUCCCAGAGAAAUAAAAGCCACCAUCAUCAUAAGCAGACACCCAAGCUGAAAGGUGAUUUAGCAGCCUAAUAGCUUCUUCCUUCUUCUUCCCAUCAAUUUCAGAGAGAGCUAAAUCAGCCCUGUGAGAAGACAAUAGUUUCGGGGAUGGCAGCUGACUGGCUCUGUGACAGUUCAUGUUUCAGACCAGCCAGGCACACCUGACAUCUCAGGAGCCUCAGGGUUUGAAGCCAAGCUACAGGGACACAAGGGGACAGUGUCUCUUCAGCAGACAAGUGACAAUAGCUAUCUGGGCUGCGGAGCAGCCAUACACUGAAACCAUCCUUUGUCAGGCCCUGGUGGCCUUGCUUCCUGCCUGGCUAGUCGCAUUCUAUUCUAGAAUCAAAGUCUUCAAGUUCCUGGUAUUUUUUUGAAAAUUGCUUUGCUCUCUCUUGAGCAAGUGACAGAAAAGGGUGGGCAAGAUGUAGGGGCAGAAAAAUAAAUAAAUUUGACCUCACCUCGAGGUCACUCCCUCCAAAUUAUGGAAUCCAUUUGUCCUCCCAAGAGUCUUCUUAUACCAAGCAAAGGACCUGCUUCAUUCUUGAUACUUGCUAGAGCAGGAGCAUAACUGGGAUUAAACAACAAGAACAUAUGGGGUCACACCAAUGACCCUGGACAGGGAGGGCCGGCCGCCCCAUUCACACUCAGGGGCUUCUCUUCUCUUCCCUUCCCUUUCCUGUCCUUGCCUUCUAAGCUGCUUGGUGGCCCAUCUAGCAUGUAAGCGUCACACCCAUAUGCAACACUGUGCUCUCCUGGGCGGAGUGGUCCUUUAGGUACCCUUUAUCUCAGCCCCGUUAACUGGGUCACAGCAGUGAGUCCUCAGUGCUAUCCAGCAGACUGCCCUGCUCGGCUGUCAGCAAUCUUUUCUCAUCUUAAAUAAUUUUUCCUGAAAAACAGCACUCUUUCCCCAACAAGUCGGUGAUUCUGCAGCCACUUUUGCUGUCAACACACACCAACGCACCAGAAAAGAGGUCCCAAUGAAUAGAUGUCUUUGAUUCACCCAGUCUCUUUGAUUCACUCAGUAAUCACUGGGACAGGGACUUUAUCCUGUCAGACUCCUGUAAAGGGACAACAAACAUCACUCAUAAUUGAAGUAAAAGUCAGGCUCUCCAGUCUCAAGACAAGGACUGCACCCAGCUUGCUAUCACACAUGCUGCCCCGUACACUAGCUACCCACCUCCAACCUCAGUAGUGACCCAGGAGCCACCCAGGGCUGUGUUAGGAAAGACCAUCUGCCUGGCUUCUUGCUUAAUCCUGAGGCCUUUUCCCACAAUUCUCUACAAUCCUCUCAGCUAUAACCCUGGUAACCUCUGGGAGCCACAGCUCAUCUACUGUCUUCUCAUGCUCAAUUGUUUUAAAAAUAUUUAUAAAAUAUCAAGAUGAGCCAGAUAAAACCUCAAGAAGAAUAUAAUUAACGUUCACAGGGCCUUAGGUGUCCUGCAGACAUUGCCUUUGCCUUCUUGUGCCAAGUGACCUGAACCAACGUGGGAAUAACUUGAGGUUAUUGUUGCAUGCAAUGUCGUAUUCUGAAUGUGAUCAUGGAUAGGACCUUCUAUGCUACUUCCUAGACAUCUGUGGAAUAAAGAUGAGGAAGCGUGUUUUUGCCUAUCUGUAGGGGUGUUCCCUAGGAAAUCUUUUGCUCCACAUCCACAUGUGAGGGAUUAAAAAAGAAAAAUUAAACAACAAUGAAUCAGGAAUAGAAAAUGGUAACGAGAGACAGAGAGACACAGAAAAAGCUUUAUGACUCCUAAAUGUCCCUCAUUUGAGUCUCAGAUUAAUCCUCAUCAAUAACCUCAAUGUACUAAAAGAAAAACAAACAGAGGUUCACAGGCAUGGCAUGAGCUUCUUGAGGUUACACAUCAAAUGGUUCAACCAUGAACUCAAAUCAACCAAUUGCAAACUCAGUUUUCUCAAAACAGGAAGACUGAUGGAAAUAGUCACAGUCAACCUCAUUAGUGGACUUUGGACCUGAGAAUUAACUGGGUGUUUACUCUUGGUUGGGAAGUAGGGAGAAAAAGAUAAGUGGAUUUGCUUUUAAAGACAUCUGGUCAACCUGGAGCAGGAUUGGCCCAGAGAGGAGACAAGAACAAGCACUUGGAGUCAUCAGUGUCCACAAGUCUUUUCUCUCUCUUCCUCAACCUGGCAUUCUUAGAUUCCCCAGAAUCCCUCACAGAUCCCUGGGAUCCGAUUAGUUUCAUUCACUAUUCAAUCAAGGUGCUAGAUUUAACAUCAACUUCUAAGGAAUAUUUGCAUUUUAAAAGAAGGCCUGGAGAGACAGCACCCACCAGUGAGAGAUGAGUUGCCCACAUUUGAACUUCAGCCUCUGUAAGAACUAUUUCCCCAGGGGCUGCAGCAAGGUGCUGGUGCCUUCCCCUUGAGGCUGAACCCACAUGAAUGGGUGAUAGUAAACAGAGGUUGAUAGUAAACUGAGGUACAAUGAGGAUUGUCUUUAUUAAUCUGUACCCACCUGGAUUUGCACUUGGUAUAGACUCCAUCCCUACCUGUGGUUACUGCAGACAUUUAGAAAUGGAUUAGGAUAAGAAUCAUGAUGGUAUUCAUGACUGCCAUUGACUAACAGUUUAUUAUAUGACACAGAGAGCGAGCAACUUUGAAUGUAUUAUCUUGUGUCACCCCAUCAGAAACUUAUGAAGCAGGUACUAUGUUACAGGUGAAAAACAUCUACGUGAGAAAUAAGCCAAAAGGGGCUAGGUAACUUGGUUAAAGUCACUCAAUUAGCAAAUAGCAGAACUGGCUCCAAGUUUCAGUCUUAUGCCAAUAUCAAUCAUGCCAUUUCUAUGAAUUUAUUGACCCAAAUUUUUGAAGAACUCAGACAUAAAGUCUGAAUGGCAUAAAAGCCUUUUAGUGUUUAGUACUAAAUGUGCCCUUUUAUUUCUCUUUUUUUCCCUUUUAUUCCAGUCCAAAACCCAGAAGUGUAUUAGAACUGGCUUGUAUUGUGGUUGUUAAAUUUUUAGGAGUUUUGCAAGUUAAUUAUGUACAGCCAUUGUUACAAAUUUAAUGAUAUAAAUUUACAAUUAAAUUAUAUUUAAUGCAAAGAUAAUAAAUACUCAAAACUCAUCACUUCCUAA